AUGACUGCACACCAUUCAGAUACUGAAGCAGGUUGUGUCCAAGGAGAGCAAAGUCUGCGCAAUAUCCAGCCUUGGGCUGACAAGUGGCAAAGAGCCCGGUCCCGACUGCGAGGAGAAGCAGCCCAGGAGCUGAAGCAGUCAGGCCGGGCUGCACUGAGCGCAUCGGCUUUUGGCAAGCAGCCGACAGACACCAGCAGCCAGCGCUUGCCUGUCGCUGCCGAGAUGAGAGGAAUGCUGGAGGAAAGGCGGAGCGCUGCGAAAAGCUGCCAGAUUUGCAAAGUUCUUUCUGUUAUCGUCGUGCUGAGCUUGGUGGCUUUCAUUUCGUACCUGCUCCUCUCUCAGCUGGGAGUUUUCCCACCAAAACAGAACACAAAUCUGAUGAGGACAGCUGAGGCAUGUCUACCAGCAAGACCUCUUCAUGAUGAGCUCCCUCGUCUUAUGAACCUGGUGGGGAAAGUUCCAGAGAAGGUCGCAGUCCAUCUGGCAGCCUCCCAAAGACAACGAGGAAAGAAAGAGGUGAUCUGGCAAAGCCCAGGUGAUCUUUCGAAGGGGAUAGAGUUCAAGGCAAAUGGCCUGGUCAUCAAAAUCCCUGGGAAGUACUUUGUCUACACUCAGGUGGUCUUCUAUGGCAGUGGAUGUCGGGGUCAGGCUGUCUACCUGAGCCAUGAGCUUGCCAAGCUGUCAGCCUCCUACAGAACCAAGACCACCCUGGUCAGAGCUAUGAAGACCGUCUGCCAUACUUUCGGACAUAAGGUCUCAACCUCCCAUGGUCCUGACUCUUCAAGGGAGCCCUGGUACAAGACCAUCUACCAGGGAGCCAUCUUUGAGCUGGUGGAGGGUGAACAAGUCUUCUCCAGGGUCAGUGGCAAUGCAGUACGUUAUGUCAACACUGAAGAAGGAAUGACUUACUUUGGGCUAUUCGCUUUAUAG